AUGUAUAAUAGUCAAAGUGAAUUACUAAGAAAUAAUUCUAAAAUAAUAACUAAGGAUUCAGUAGCUAUAGCACAACCAUCUAGUUACACAUGGUGGACAUACCUAUCUAAAUUUCUAACAAUACUAAUUCCUGAUUGUGUUAUUAGAUUUUGCUUUAGAAGACAAACACCAGAACAAGUACAAGCCUGGAGAGAAAAAUUAUCACUGUGUAUGUUAAUAUUCUUUAAUUGUGUGUUUUUAGGUGCUGUUACUUAUGGAAUUAAUAUGUAUUUGUGUGGAAAUCAAACAGUGAUUGUUUACAAUUUAAUAAAAGAAGAUACAUUUAAGGAUCCAGUCUUAAUUGCUAAUGGAAUGAUUUAUAAAAAUAAGAAAGGAUCAAAAGGGGACUUUUCUAAUAAUACAGGAAAGUUUCGUAAAGAAUCAAAAGCAUGUAAAUCAAAAUUUGGAGGACAAUUAGUUUUGGGUAAAUUAUUAGAAACAGACUUUGAUCCUAUCUGUGAGAUUACUUGGGAUUGGGGUAGUGUAAUAAAAUCAGGAUUAAUUGUUAUUGAUGAUAGUGUUUAUGAUCCAAGAAUAAAAGAUUCUUCUGCUAUGGAUGACUUUAUAAAGAAAUACAAAGGAAAAACUGUUCCUAAAUCAGAAUUAGAAAAAUAUGAUGAUGAUUGUAUUGAAUGCUUUAAAGAUAGUUUUUUUGCAGGUAAACUUGCAUCAAAAUCAUCCGGAUGUAUCUUUGGUGAUAUUGUUUUAUACACUACAAGUGUUAUUAUAUUUUCAUUAAUUUUUGCUAGAUUCUUUUUAGCUUUAUUUUACGCUCAUUAUAGUAGGAAAAGACCUGUAAGCAUAAGAGGGACAACACCUGUAAUAUGCCAGGUGACUUGUUAUACAGAAGGAGCAGAUGGACUUAAGUCUACAUUGGAUUCACUAACUAAUUUAGAAUAUAAUGAAGAUUAUAAAUUGAUUAUUGUAGUAGCAGAUGGACAAGUAAAAGGAAGUGGUGAAGAUAAAACAACACCGGAGAUAUUACAAGAUCUAUGUGAGGUUGAUGAUCCCGAACCACAUGGAUAUAUUUCUCUUGUACCCGGACACAAAAGAUAUAAUAGGGCUAAAAUACAUACAGGGUGGUAUAAAACUGAAACCAGUAGGGCUAGAAUAAUGAUUGUCAAUAAAAUAGGUAAUCCAGAUGAAACAGAAAAAGCAGGCAAUAGAGGUAAAAGAGAUUCACAAGUAAUAAUAAUGUCUUUUUUUAGCAAGAUUCUUUAUAAUGACAGGAUGAGUGAUGUGGAUGUAGAAAUAUACAGAAAACUAAAAAUGAUGUUUCCACAAUUUCAUCCUGAAGACUUUGAAAUAUUAAUGAUGGUUGAUGCAGAUACAAUAGUUAAUAGUGAUGCUUUAAUAAAAAUUGUAUCAGCGUUUGAGAAAGAUAAUAAGAUAAUGGGAUUGUGUGGUGAAACACGAAUUCUUAAUAAAUUUGAGUCGUGGGUUACACAAAUACAAGUGUUUGAGUAUUAUAUUAGUCAUCAUUUAGCUAAGAAUUUUGAAAGUGUAUUUGGUGGUGUAACUUGUUUGCCUGGUUGUUUUUGUUCUUAUAGAAUUAAAAUUGUUACUGAUGAAUAUGGAAAUAUAAAAAAUCAUUCAGAUAGAAAAAAUAAGAAUGAAAGGUGGUUGUGUGUUCCUAUAUUAGCUAAUCCAAUUAUUGUAAAUCCUUAUUCAAUAUUUGACUCAAAAACACUUCAUGAGAAAAAUUUACUACAUUUGGGAGAAGAUCGAUAUUUAACGACAUUACUAAUGAAAAAUUUUUAUAAAAGAAAAUUAGUGUUUUUAGCUUCUGCUAAAUGUUCAACUUAUGUUCCAUCUGAUUAUAAAACAUUGAGAUCACAGAGAAGACGUUGGAUCAAUUCAACUAUUCAUAAUAUGUUUGAGUUAGUUAUGGUUGAUAAGUUAUGUGGUAUUAAUGUAUUCUCUAUGCAGUUUAUUAUAGGAUUUGAGUUAUUCGGUACUUUAACAUUACCCGCUGCUAUCUUCUUCACUUUCAUUUUAGUAAUAAGUGCUUUCAUUUAUGAACCAGCAUGGAUACCUUUAAUAAUGUUAGCAGCCAUUCUUGGAUUGCCAGCAGUAUUAAUUUUCUUGACAACCGGUGCUAUUGAAUAUGUUUAUUGGUUGCUUGUGUAUAUAAUUGCUUUACCUAUUUGGAACUUUUGCUUACCAGUUUAUGCCUUUUGGAGAUUUGAUGAUUUUAGUUGGGGUGACACUAGAAAAGUUGAGGUUGAAACUAUCAAAAAAACAGAAAAUAUUGAAGAUGAAUUUGAUGCUUCAACUGUUAAUUUUAGUGAAUAUAUGGAGGUUAGAGAAUCAAUGACUAAUGUUAGUAGAUCAAACUCAGUAGGUCCUAAAAAUUCAAAUGUAGAAGAUAAUAGAAAAUAA